GGGAGAAGGCGGGAGCGCGGCUGGGAGGAGGCGGGAGGGGAGGCGGAGGCAAAGACAGAGGCGCUUUGAAAGACCCUUAUCAGUGGGUACACAGCCCUUCUACAGCUCAUGCGCGGUCUUGGUGAAGCUGUAUCAAAGGUUCCUGCUUCUAUCAACACCAGUCCCUCCAUUUUGGAGGCCUCAGCACCCACUUCCUGUAUCUGGGGAGUGAGUCCCAUCAUCAGAGAGCCAGCAGUCAUUGCGUAGCCUUGGACGGGGAAUCAGGAGACCUGGUUUCUAAUCCCUGCUCUGUCACUAGCAAGCUUUGUGAUCUUCGAAGCUUAAGUGAAAAUGGUACAUGCUAGAAGGCACGAAACAAGAAAAAAUUCUAAAACCCAAGUACCAGAGCAAAAAUCUCGAGUCGAUUGGCGUCGGACUAAGAGAAGUGUCUCACAGUUACUUGAUAGUGACGAAGAGCUUGAUAGUGACGAGGAAAUUGGCAGUGAUGAAGACCUUGAUGGUGGGGAAAGUAUUGACAGUAACGAAAAGCUUGAUAUUAGCAAGGACUCUGGUAUUAAUGAAAUACCAGAAAAGGAAACAGAGCUUAACUUAAUCAAAGUUGAAAGUGAGAGAAGCAACAGUAAAUGUCAUAUGAAUACCAGCAAUAGUUCAGCAGAUGAAGAAGAAAUGAACAAAACCAAACAUAAUGACUUACCAGAUGAUGAAGCUCACCCAGGUCAAGCAGAGGGUCAUCACAACAAACUCACUGGACAAGUCCUAGAGGAGGAUGUGGAAGAUGAAUGCAUCAAGCCAGGAAAAAGAAAAAGGCUGUCCUCUGUGAUGUAUGACAGUGAUGAAAGCGAUGACAGUGAUAUCCUAGUUAGAAAAGCAAGUACUAAGCACCCACGCAGGGUGGUCGAGGAUGAAUGUUCUUCAUUGGAAAUGGAGCGAGAAACUCCUGAGAAAUCACCAGCUGCUCGAAAGAGAGAAUACCACCAAAAGCUACAGGAGCUCUGCGAAAGAUCACGCCAGAAACAGAGACACAGUAGCGGUAGAAAUUGUGAGAGCUCUGAAAAGGACUCUUGUUCAAGCACUGAUGAGGAUGAGGACGAUGAUGAUUACGGAGAUGAUGAAAAUGAAGAUGAUUACAUGAUUGAUGAUUUUGUAGUGGGAGAUGAGGAAGCUGAUGAAGAGAAUAAAAAUCAAGAAGGAGAAAAUCUGACUGCAUCACAACUGAAAUUAGUAAAACAAAAUUCUCUUUAUUCUUUUAGUGACCAUUACACUCACUUUAAAAGAGUUGUGAAGGCUCUUCUGAUCAAUGCUUUUGAUGGAUCUUUUCUGGAAACUUUGUAUGCUGGCAAGAGGAAGAAAUCCUAUGCACAAGAUAUGUUGACAUCCCUUCAUUACUUGGAUGAUCGCUUUAUUCAACCCCGUCUGGAGAGUUUGGUCUCUAGAAGUCGGUGGAGAGAGCAAUAUAAGGAGCGUGUUGAAAGCUACUCUGACUUAAGCAUCCACAGGAAGAACCCCGAGAACUGUGGCUGCCAGGCUUGUGGGCUGCAUCGCUACUGUAAAUUCUCAGUGCAUCUCUCGGGAAAGUUAUACAACACCCGGACGAUGGAGACAGAUGACUUCAUGUCACAUGACAAGCAGGUGUUUAUUGUUGGCAGAAUUUGUGCUGAACGGACCAAAAUUUAUCAUAAACUAAAGCAUUUUAAAUUCAAACUGUACCAAGACUGUUGCUCCACAACAGAAGAAGUUGCAAACACAGAAGAAGUUGGAGAUGAACAGGUCAAAGAUACAGUAAAGAGACUCUUCCGUCAGUUAAAGAAAAGGGGCUGGAUUAGAAAGAAACAUGAUCAACUGGAGGAGUAUCUAAAUUCUGCGGAUUAUUUUCAAGAUGAGAAGUUUGAAUUAUAGCAUACUUCCUUCAGAGGAGAUUUUAUAAAUUUCUGUAAAUGUGAAGAUCAUGAGUUUUUUUCUCUGUGUCAUGUAUCAUUGAUUGUAUCUUCAUAGCAAAAUAUCUCGUAUAUGUGCCCACUCGAUCUUUAUGAAAUGCCACAGCAAAGCCUAAUAACAGUCAUAGAUUUACAUGGAGAGCAUCAGCUUUGUGGUUCAGAAGUCCCUCAGUCUGUUUUGGUCAUGUGGUUAUUCUUUUCCCACACAUGACCAGCAGAUGAAUGUGCUGUCAUGUCCUGUCAGUUUAGUAGAAAUAGGCUGUGUUAUAAUAUAUUUGGACUGACCUAAAGAUGGCUUGCUUUAUUAAGUGUAUUAUUAUUAAGUGUAGUACUUGCCUUAUGAACACAAGGACCUGAGUUCAGUUCCCCAAACCAUAUUUAAAAUAAAAGCCAGACAUGAUGGCAUGUACUUGUAAUCCCCACACUGGGAGGCAAAGAUGAGGCAGAUCCCUGAGGCUUGUUGGUCAGGUAUCCAGCCUAUGGGUGUCUCAUCAGUGAGAGACACUGUCUGAGAAAACAAGAAUGGGUGAUGCUUGUGAAUGACCAAGGCUAUCCAUCCUCUGAGCUCAAGAUGCAUGCAAACACAAAUGUUCAUGUGCCCACACAUUUGAGCAACCACACAUGCACCUUCACAUCCACAGUAUAUAUGCAUGUGUAUAUUUAUACCUCUAUGUAUGAAUACAAGAAUAUUGUACCCCUGGCAGUAUUAAAUAAUCUUCAGUAAUAAAUAUCUAUGUAAUAUUUCCUCAAUUGUGAAUUAUGGAAGAAGCUUCAAACAGCCAUGCAUUCAGUAUCCUAGCCUCAGAAUGAGACCGUGGAGAUCUACUCCAGGUGGAGAAGUAUUUCCUUCUGCUAAGGUUUCCCUAAUAAUAGAUGGCUCGUCCCCAGAGUCUUUCAAUUCUCACGUUCAGGAAGAACUUCUUGAUAUAUAUUUUAAUUCUCUAUAAUGUUCUUUCUUGUUUCUUUACAGUUUUAUUUGCAAUAUAUUAAAAAUUAAGGUGUAUUAUGAUUUUUAACCAUAACUUUCUCUAUGUAUGUCUGUGUGUAUAUGUUCUAGUCUGACAAUCUCAAGAGACAAGUUCAACCAAAAAUACUUGGAAGGCUUAUUUUUGUGCCUCUCUUACUUUGCACAUCCUAAUUUUUUCUUAAUGCAAUAAAGUAAAAUGGUUUUAAAGACUAA